GGCGCGGAGCCGAGGGGCCGAGCGGCGGCCGCGCGCACCAUGCCCUCCUUCGACGAGGCGCUGCAGAGAGCCGGCGAGUUCGGGCGCUUCCAGCGGCGCGUGUUCCUGCUGCUGUGCCUGACGGGCGUCACCUUCGCCUUCCUCUUCGUCAGCGUGGUGUUCCUGGGCACCCAGCCCGACCACUACUGGUGCCGCGGGCCGAGCGCCGCGGCGUUGGCCGAGCGCUGCGGCUGGAGCCCGGAGGAGGAGUGGAACCGCACGGCGCCCGCCCGCCGCGGCCCCGCGGCCCCUGUGCGCCCCGGCGACGGCCGCUGCCAGCGCUACCUCCUGGAGGCGGUCAACGCCAGCGCCGCCGCCGCGGGCGCGCUCAGCUGCUCCGACCCGCUCGCCGCCUUCCCGAACCGCUCGGCGCCCCUCGUGCCGUGCCGCGGCGGCUGGCGCUACGCCCAGGCCCACGCCACCAUCGUCAGCGAGUUUGACCUUGUCUGUGGCAACGCGUGGCUAUUGGACGUCACCCAAGCCAUCCUGAACCUCGGCUUCCUGGCAGGGGCGUUCACCUUAGGCUACGCAGCAGACAGGUAUGGCAGAAUAGUCAUUUACUUAAUAUCCUGUCUUGGCGUUGGCAUCACUGGUGUCGUGGUGGCCUUUGCACCAAACUUCUCUGUGUUUGUGAUCUUCCGAUUCCUGCAAGGUGUGUUUGGAAAGGGGACAUGGAUGACUUGCUACGUGAUUGUGACAGAAAUAGUAGGUUCAAAACAAAGGAGGAUUGUGGGAAUAGUGAUUCAAAUGUUCUUCACCCUUGGAAUCAUAAUUCUCCCUGGAAUUGCCUACUUUAUCCCCAAUUGGCAAGGGAUCCAGCUAGCCAUAACGCUGCCCAACUUUCUCUUCCUCCUUUAUUACUGGGUGGUUCCUGAAUCUCCCCGCUGGCUGAUUACUCGGAAGAAAGGAGACAAAGCAUUAAAAAUUCUGAGAAGCAUUGCUAAAUGCAAUGGGAAAUAUCUCUCACCAAAUUACUCGGAGAUCACUGUCACAGAUGAGGAAGUUAGCAAUCCAUCCAUUUUAGAUCUGGUGAGAACUCCCCAAAUGAGGAAGUGCACACUUAUCCUUAUGUUCGCUUGGUUCACAAGUGCAGUGGUCUAUCAAGGACUUGUCAUGCGCCUGGGAAUUAUAGGAGGCAACCUCUAUAUAGACUUUUUCAUCUCGGGAGUUGUGGAACUGCCAGGAGCUCUCUUGAUCUUACUAACCAUUGAGCGUGUUGGACGACGCCUCCCCUUUGCGGCAAGCAAUAUAGUGGCGGGGGUGGCAUGCCUUGUCACUGCGUUCUUACCAGAAGGAAUACCAUGGUUGAGGACCACGGUUGCUACCCUGGGAAGACUAGGCAUAACCAUGGCCUUUGAAAUUGUUUAUUUGGUAAAUUCAGAACUGUACCCAACAACGUUACGAAACUUUGGAGUCUCACUGUGUUCAGGUUUGUGUGAUUUUGGGGGAAUCAUAGCCCCAUUUCUGCUCUUCCGGCUAGCAGCUGUGUGGCUAGAACUACCUCUGAUAAUCUUUGGUAUCCUGGCGUCCUUCUGUGGUGGCCUCGUGAUGCUUCUGCCUGAAACCAAGGGCAUUGCUUUGCCAGAGACGGUGGAGGAUGUAGAAAAGCUUGGCAGGAAAAAGAAAACCCAGGUUUCCGGCUCUCACCUUUGAGGCGCUGCCAGAGACGGAAGGAAGGAGCUGCCCAGGAGCCGACCCCUCCCGCCACGCCCAGCCUGGCAGAGAGGCAUGUGUCCAUCUCGGCCGCAGUGUGCUGCGCUGUUCCAAGUGUUUUUAAUACUGUAUAAAGACAUUCACACUA